AUAUUGAAACCGUAAAACAUUCCAAAUGCUACGCUAGAACCCAAUCCAUAUCAGUCUUGCUCAUUGCAUUGCACACAACGCACCUACACAGAGCAAGCGAGGGAGUGCGACACGCGGUAAUACUAUAAAAACAAUAACAAUAAUGUGGAACCAACAGCUGGUGGUCUUCACACUUGUAAGCGCACUAUAUUACGUGCAAGCUGGCGUUCCACUGCGCAGAUAUGAGACGCUAAUGAUGCAGCAAUCGCCGCAGGAGAAUCCUGAACUGGGUUUAUAUGAUGACAACGACAAGGUCGUGCGACUCACGGCGACCAACUUCAAUGCCAGCGUACUCGAACAAAAUCGCAGCUCACUUGUGGAGUUUUACAAUACAUAUUGCGGACACUGCAGACGCUUUGCGCCAACCUACAAGGAGCUGGCAGCUGAGUUGCAUGGCUGGCAGGAUGUGGUCGCAAUUAGCGCCAUUGAUUGCGCUGCUGAGGAGAACAAUGGCAUCUGUCGCACCUACGAAGUCAUGGGCUAUCCCACAAUGCGUUAUAUGGGACCCGGAUAUAAGCCAGCUGCCGGUAAUUUUGGCCAAAGUCUGACGUCGCAAAAGAUUAACGAGAUACGCAGUCAAUUGGCAGCAUUGAUAGCAGCUGAGAAUCAAACGGCAAACAAUCCACACUGGCCAAACUUUACGCCCGUUGCCGAAGGUGAAACAGUCAGCGCAUUAUUUGAGGGUCUGCACAGUCAGCGGGAACACAUUGCACUCAUCUAUGAGCCAGAGAACUCCACACUGGCCAGCGAAACAGCUCUGCAUCUAUUGCAUUGGCCUGCGGUGCAAGUGCGUCGCUUUAGCGAGGCAGCCGUUGCCACCAAGUAUCAACUUGACAUUAACAGCAACCAAGUGGCGCUGGUAAAUCGACAGAAUCACAGGCAAUUACUGGAAGUCAGUGAGCAAAGCAGCGCUGCCUAUGCCAAGGCUAUUGAGAAUGCGCUACUCAGUUUGCAUCUUACGCCGCGUCCACGUCUGCUAUUAGGCAAGGGGGAGCAGGCAAAGAUAAACAAUGCUACGAACAAGGACAUUGUAGAUUAUGUGCAUCGUAACAAGCACUUGGUGUAUCAGGCGGAUCUGGAGCAGGCCAUACGCACCAUUCUCCACAACGAAGUGUCCAAGGUUAACGAAAUAAAGGGUGAGCAAUUGCUAGCGCUGCAACGUUUCCUUACCGUUCUGCAGCGUUACAAUCCGUUGGGCACCAAUGGACGUCAGCUCGUCUCGCAGCUUAAGGAUUAUGUUGUGCAAUUUAACCAGGCGCUCAAAGGCGCAGACUUUGAACAGGAGCUCAAGCGGCUGGAAGCCAAGCUAGGCUCGAUCUACUCAUCCAGGCAUUUUGUCGGCUGCAUUGGCUCAAGUCCAAGUAAACGCGGCUACAGCUGCUCGCUCUGGACGUUGUUCCAUUUUAUGUCCGUGCAGGCAGCAGGCAAUGAGCACUCGCAGGAUCCUCUGGAGGUGCUGCAGGCCAUGCAUGGUUACAUUAAGAAUUUCUUUGGCUGCACAGACUGCGCCGAACACUUCCAGGCAAUGGCCGCACGCCGCAAAAUCUGGAGCGUGCCUACAAAAGACGAAGCAGUUCUCUGGCUCUGGGCGGCACAUAAUGAGGUCAACCAGCGUUUGGCCGGCGAUGCCACCGAGGAUGCGGAAUUUCCCAAAAAACAGUUUCCCAGUGCAGAAAGCUGCGCUCAGUGUCAUCAUGGCACAGCGUCGGCUGCCAAUUCGGAGUACAACUGGAAUAUGGAGGCUGUGCUGAGUUUUCUCAAAAACAUACACAAUCCGCAGUUUGUGAGUCGCUACGGCUUGCAGCACGAGGAGCUGCUGCAGGAUACGCUCGAGAAGAUGCGCGCGAAGCGACAGAUCUCCAAUGUAUUCAGCGAUGUGGACAUGCAAAUGGGCAUGUUUCUCUAUGCCUUCUGCAUAAUCAUGAUGGUGUUGGCAUUCAAGCUGUUUGCCUUUAAGAGUGGCUAUCGCAAGAAGCCCUACGGACACGACCUGCUUGGCAAGGUUUAGCCUAAGGACAAGCUGCAGCGUUAUAAACGAAUUAGUUAAAUUUUAAUUGCUGACCAUCUUUUUGCAUGUUUUUGUACGUAUGUAUUUAACUCAAGUAAUAUGUUUAAGGGCAAAGUGUGUGUAUAUAUUAUUAACUUCCAGUUGUAUAUUUUUAAA